AUGGUGGCUCAAACCGCGCAGCUCGAGGGACUGAGAAAACAAUUGGAAAGACGUUUCAUACAUUUCGGUGGUGAUAAUGACGCGAGUGCUAAACAGCCCUCCAGCGCGAAUCUCUCGUGGCGAGAGAUUGAGACUGUGUUCGAAAGCCGCAUUUCAACCGGCGUGGUGAUCAACGCGGAUUACGUCGACCCGCGGCGAUUUUUAGAGGACGCUCGCGAUGUAGUGCUAGAGCAUGUGCGAAACGCUAUCGAAAAACACAAUAGUGUCAAAGUGAAUACAGUGUUCAACGGCGAGUUCGUGGCGGGUGAAAAGACCGCCAAUAAAAGUAUAAACACGCGCAACCGAGAACUCUUUCCUACAACAGAUCUACAAGAGUGGUACGCGCAAUACGUGAUCAAGCCCACCUUGACGUCUCUCAAGGAGUUUCAGGACCGCGAUAGCGGGUGGGCGUUGCCGCGUAUACUGAACCUAACGGUCAACGUUAACAAACACAAUCCAUUGCAUGCAGGAUGUCAUGUAAAAUUACCGCAGGAGAUAAUUUCGAAGAAAGCGGCGAUCAAUGUGCGAUCGAAAAGCAAUGCAUGCUUCGCAUGGUCGGUGGUAGCAGCUCUGUAUCCAGCUGAUAGCAAGAGUAACGUGGCUAGAGAAUCAUCGUAUCCACACUACAACACGGUGCUGAAUCUCUGCAAUAUCGAGUUUCCCGUAACACUAAAGGACAUUACAAAGUUCGAACACCUCAACGAUGUAUCCGUCAAUGUAUACGGUAUCGGGGAGCAUGAGCAGAAGACGCUAAACGUUCUGCCCCUGCGACUCACCGAUCAAAAGAGGGAUAGACACGUCAACCUAUUGUACGUGCAGGGCAAGAACAACGUGGGACAUUACGUGUGUAUAAAGAAUCUGUCCCGCUUAGUGAGCUCGCAACUGAGCAGCAACAAACGACAAAAAUACAUUUGUGAUAGAUGUUUACAUUAUUUCUCCUCAAACGAGAGAUUGGAGGCCCACUCUAUAGACUGCCAAAGGAUGAACGACUGCGCCAUCGUUCUUCCAAACGAUGAUGACAAGUGGCUGCAGUUCGAAAAUUACAACAGGAAGGAACGGAUGCCGUUCGUCGUUUACGCCGACCUGGAGUGUGUCCUGCAGAAGACGGAUGACCCGAAGCUGUACCAGCGGCAUCAAGUAUGCAGCAUCGGGUACUACGUGCGGUGCUCCUACGACGAAACGUUGUCCGUUUACCGAUCCCGUCGCGAUACCGACUGCAUAGGAUGGUUCGCCGAACAAUUGCAAGAGUUGACGCAUUGCGUUAAAGCAAUACUAUCGCGUAAUAUCCCCAUGAUAGAGUUAACGCGAGACGAGCGGGUAAAAUUCGAUAGCGCAACGCACUGUCAUAUCUGCGAGAAACCGUUCACGCCAGACGACACGCAGGUUCGCGAUCAUUGCCAUCUCACCGGUCGGUACAGAGGUCUCGCGCAUUCUAAUUGUAACUUCAAUUAUCAAGAUACAUAUACGAUUCCAAUAGUCUUUCAUAAUUUAUCAGGCUACGACGCACAUUUUAUAAUUCAAGAAAUAGCUACCGCGUUCGAGGGCCAUGUCAACUUGUUGCCCAUAAUGAAAGAAAAAUACAUCUCGUUCACGAAACAUGUUAAUGAGUCAGACGACAAAAAAUGGCGAAACCAUGUGCAAUUGCGGUUCAUCGAUUCAUAUAAAUUCCUGAGCAGUAGCCUGGAUAAGUUAUCGUCAUAUUUAAAUAAGGAUAAACUUAAAAUCGUACAAUCGGAAUUUGCUUACUUAUCAAAUGAAGACUUUGAGUUAUUGACAAGAAAGGGCGUGUUCCCGUACGAGUACGUGGACUGCGUCGAAAAAUUAGCGGAUACUUGUUUACCACCGCGCGAAUCUUUCUAUAGUUCGCUGACCGGCGAGACGGUAUCUGAGAGCGAUUACGCGCACGCCGAGAACGCUUGGCAGCGGUUCGCCAUUCGAACGCUCAGCGAGUACAGCGAUUUAUAUUUAAAAACGGAUGUCUUGUUGUUGGCCGACGUUUUCGAGAAUUUUCGCGAUAGUUGCAUAAAAAGUUACGGUCUUGAUCCCGCGUAUUAUUACACUUUGCCCGGUUUUACAUGGGACGCGAUGCUUAAACAUACGCGCGUAAAUUUCGAACUUCUUACCGAUAUUGAUAUGGUCAUGUUCAUAGAACGCGGUAUUCGCGGCGGCCUGAGCCAGUGUUCUCACAGGUACGCACAGGCCAACAACAAGUACAUGCAGUCGUACGACCCAUCGAAACCCUCGUCGUAUCUCAUGUAUUUUGAUGUUAAUAAUUUAUACGGUUGGGCAAUGUGUCAGCCACUGCCUUAUGCCGAUUUUCGAUGGGUCGAUGACACUUCCAAUUUCGACGUGAACGCUAUCGCUCCCAAUUCACCAAAAGGAUACGUACUCGAGGUCGAUCUCGAGUAUCCAUGA